GUCAUUGUGGUUGAUGGGGACACCAUGGUUGACGGGGACGUCACGGUUGAUGGGGACACCAUGGUUGAUGGGGACGUCACGGUUGACGUGGAUGUCGUGGUUGGUGGGGACCUCGUGGUCAAUGGGGUCAUUGUGGUCGAUGGGGACCUCGUGGUUAAUGGGGUCAUCAUGGUUGAUUGGGUCGUCGUGGUUGAUGUGGACCUCAUGGUUGAUGGGGACACUGUGGUUGGUGGGGACGUCGUAGCCAAUGGGGUCAUCGUGGCCAAUGGGGACGUCGUGGUCAAUGGGGACGUCGUGGUUGAUGGGGUCAUCACGGUUGAUGUGGACCUCAUGGCUGAUGGGGUCAUCGUGGUCGAUGGGGUCAUCGUGGUUGAUGGGGUCAUCGUGGUUGAUGUGGACCUCAUGGCUGAUGGGGUCAUCGUGGUCAAUGGGGUCAUCGUGGCUGAUGGGGUCAUCACAGUUGAUGGGGUCAUCGUGGUCAAUGGGGUCAUCGUGGCCGAUGGGGUCAUCGUGGCUGACGUGGAGGUCGUGGUGGCUCCACAGGUCCUGGUUGCCCCCCGUCCCUCAGCCGAGCUCGUGCCGCGGUGGCCGUCUCCUCCCGGGGUCCCCCGACCCUCAACCAUCUUCCAGCUCUUGACCAUCCCCUUCACCGUCCCGAGGGCCCUCGGGGGCUCCUGACCUUCAGCUGUCCCCAAGCUGGGGGUCACCCUGACUGCCUUGAGGGUCUCAGCCAUCUGCUGUCCCUCAGCUGUCCCCAAACCCUUGGUUGCCCCCAACCCCUUGGUUGACCCCAAACCCUUGGUUGACCCCAACCCAUCAACCACCCUAUGGUUCUCAGCCAUCUGCUGUCCCUCAACCAUCUCCACACCUUUGGUUGACCCCAAACCCUUGGUUGCCCCCAGACCUUCAACCAUCCCAUGGUUCUCGGCCUUCUGCUGUCCCUCAGCCAUCUCCACACCCUUGGUUGCCCCCAAACCCUUGGUUGACCCCAACCCAUCAACCAUCCCAUGGUUCUCGGCCAUCUGCUGUCCCUCAACCAUCUCCACACCCUUGGUUGACCCCAAACCCUUGGUUGACCCCAAACCCUUGGUUGACCCCAACCCAUCAACCAUCCCAUGGUUCUCGGCCAUCUGCUGUCCCUCAGCCAUCUCCACACCCUUGGUUGACCCCAAACCCUUGGUUGCCCCCAAACCCUUGGUUGACCCCAAACCUUCAACCAUCCCAUGGUUCUCGGCCAUCUGCUGUCCCUCAACCAUCUCCACACCCUUGGUUGACCCCAAACCCUUGGUUGACCCCAACCCAUCGACCAUCCUAUGGUUCUCAGCCUUCUGCUGUCCCUCAACCAUCUCCACACCCUUGGUUGACCCCAAACCCUUGGUUGACCCCAACCCAUCAACCACCCUAUGGUUCUCGGCCAUCUGCUGUCCCUCAGCCAUCUCCACACCCUUGGUUGACCCCAACCCCUUGGUUGACCCCAAACCCUUGGUUGACCCCAAACCCUUGGUUGACCCCAACCCAUCAACCAUCCUAUGGUUCUCGGCCAUCUGCUGUCCCUCAACCAUCUCCACACCCUUGGUUGACCCCAAACCCUUGGUUGACCCCAACCCAUCGACCAUCCCAUGGUUCUCGGCCUUCUGCUGUCCCUCAGUUGUCCUCAAACCCUUGGUUGACCCCAACCCAUCAACCACCCUAUGGUUCUCGGCCUUCUGCUGUCCCUCAGCCAUCUCCACGCCCUUGGUUGACCCCAAACCC